UUUGCUUUCAAUGGGCAGCUACAAUUUUGUUUUCAAUCGGGGUUUUUUGCUUUCCGAAUUUUAGGGUUUUUUCUUGUUUGUUUGUGAAUUUCAGUAUCUCGAUCCACCUUGUUCGAAUUAGUUUGUUUGGACUGAAAUCUCGCACCCUAGAUCUACGAUUAGAGAUCGGCGGCCGCAACUGACUUUAUUUGUUAUCCGUUUCUUCUUAUCUAGCUAUCUGCUUACUUUGUUUUUAUCUGAUUUUGGGUUUCGAUGUCCAAAUUGAUUCGUGUAUAUAGUUGUAGUCCCAGCUCUGAUGUGUAGUUGUUGCUUGGAUGAGUCAGUUAUGUUCUGUAGCUUUCGAAUCGGUGUGAUGUUAAUACUAAUGUUGUUUUGUGUUGUACAGGUGAUGAGCUUCUCUCUGACUCAUUCCCAUACAAAGAGUUUUUGGAUGGAGCUUUGUGGGAAGUUGAUGGAAAGUGGGUUAUUCAAGGCGCAGUCGAUGUCGACAUUGGUGCGAACCCUUCUGCUGAAGGAGGUGGUGACGAUGAGGGUGUCGAUGACCAGGCUGUUAAGGUUGUCGAUAUUGUCGACACCUUUAGACUUCAGGAGCAACCUGCUUUUGACAAGAAGCAGUUUGUUACCUACAUGAAGAGGUACAUCAAGGUCUUGACCCCUCUCUUGGAAGGGGAGGCACAGGCGAAGUUUAAGAAAACCAUUGAGCCAGCAACUAAGUUCCUCCUCUCUAAGCUCAGUGACCUCCAAUUUUUCGUCGGGGAGAGCAUGAAGGACGAUGCCACCUUGGUGUUUGCGUACUACAAGGAUGGUGCUGCUGACCCUACAUUUUUGUACCUCCCCCAUGCCUUGAAGGAGAUCAAGUGCUAGAAAGAGAGAGAUGAGUAGCGGCGGGAUGAAGUUAAACACACUUCAUUCGCUGUAGUUUUAUUUUUGGUUGGUUGUCCCCCGUCUUCUUUUCGCCCUUUCUGUACUCGUAGACUCUGCUUUUGUUAUAGCAGUAUUUCGUUAUGUGCGACUCGUGUUCGAUAGCUAUUGAGGAUAUUUAUUGUUCGGUGUGACACAUAAUUUAGUUUCGUGUUGAUGUUAUCGUUGCAUUAUGGUUUGCUUCUUUAGAUCACCAGUCGACAAGGUCGAAACAGCAAUGAUUCGGAUGCUCUCUAAAACUUGUGGUAUAA